AUGUCGUCCUCUGGCAAUGGCGCCCCUCCCGUGGGCCAGGAAAACAUCAACACCGACAUUGUCACCCUGACCCGCUUCCUCACGGAGGAGCAGACUAAGAUCCCCGAGGCCACUGGAGACUUCACUCUCCUCUGCCACGCCCUGCAGUUCGCCUUCAAGUCCAUCGCCUACUACAUCCGUCGGGCCUCCCUGAUCAACCUCACCGGUCUGGCCGGUUCCUCCAACACCACCGGCGAUGACCAGAAGAAGCUCGACGUCAUCGGCAACGAUGUCUUCCUCUCCGCCAUGAAGGGCUCCGGCAAAUGCCGCAUCCUCAUCUCCGAGGAGGAGGAGGAGGCCAUCGUCUUCGACGAGGCCCCCUACGCCCGCUACGCCGUCGUCUGCGACCCCAUCGACGGUUCCUCCAACCUGGACGCCGGGGUCUCGGUCGGCACCAUCUUCGGUAUCUUCAAGCUGCCCGAUGAGCUACUGGGCCCCAACAAGACCGUCACCGCCCAGGACGUCCUGCGCCCCGGCACCGAGAUGGUCGCCUCCGGUUUCACCAUGUACGGCGCCUCCGCCCAGCUGGUCAUCACCAUGCGCAACGGCAGCGUCAACGGCUUCACCAUGGAGAACUCCCUCGGCGAGUUCAUCCUCACCCACCCCAACAUGCGCCUGCCCGAGCAGCGCGCCAUCUACUCCGUCAACGAGGGCAACAGCUCCUACUGGGAGGAGUGGACCCAGGCCUACUUCCACUCCCUCAAGUUCCCCCCCGGCGGCGGCAAGCCCUACAGCGCCCGCUACAUCGGCAGCAUGGUCGCCGAUGCCUACCGCACCCUGCUCUACGGCGGUGUUUUCGCCUACCCUUCCGACUCCAAGAGCACCAAGGGCAAGCUGCGUAUCCUGUACGAGUGCGCCCCCAUGGCGAUGCUGUUCGAGAAUGCCGGCGGUCUGGCCGUCGACUCGCACAUGAACCGUCUGCUCGAGGUCAUGCCCGAGCACAUCCACGACCGCAGCGGUGUCUACCUCGGCUCGCGCGGUGAGGUGCAAAAGGUCAUCGACAUGUACAACUCCCACAAGAAAUAG